UCAAUUUAGUAGUAUUAAAAUUUCCAAAUCCCAAAACCCAAAUCGCCACACUAAUUUUGUCAUACUUUACCAUUAUAGAAGCUGCAUAAAAUUAAUCGAAGCCACUUAAUUUAAUAAUUGUGGUUGUUAAUAAUUUAACUCGAAACCCAUCUCUUAAGCAAUCCGUACGGCUCUUUCUCUCUCUUCUCACCCAACUUUACUCUUUCAUGUCGGAAACUUACAACGGCAGCAGCGAUGUUUUCCUUCAUUUCUAGCAUAGCAGCUCCAUCAUAGUAAGAUUUUUUUUUUUUUUAUCAUUACAAUUCUUUUAUUCCUAUAGUUUGCAUCCUUUUAGCUGAUUUUCAAGUGGGAAAGGUUCUUGCUUGGUGCAAUAUCAAGAUUUUUGAUUUGUUGUAAAUGUUUUUUGAAUUCUUUGUGGGAAAGAUUGAAUCUUGGGGAAACCCCAUUUUGCGUCUGCGGUUUAGUCUUUCUAGUUAUUUAUGGGUGAUUGGAUCUAAGAGAAGUUGUUGCUGGGAGAGGUAGAAGGUUUGGUUUUGAGAGAGAAGAAUACUUUUUUUGGGGGGGGCCCUUGAAGAAAAGCUAACUCUUUUGUCGGUGGAGAUUUGUGAAUCUUGAAGCUGUUUUCAUUAAAUAAGAGAGCUUUGAGAUACAUAGGUUGUAACUAUUCAAUAAAAAGUUGUAGUUUUCUUUCCUUUUUUCCUUCAAAAAAAGUGGAGAGCAUAGCAAGAAUUGAGUAUGAGGAAAAAUGUCAAUCCUCAUUCAGGAAGGAUGUUUAGUGAUAGAAGAUGGAAAAUGCCAUUCUUUGUGAAUUUGCUUGUGUCGAUCACUCUAUUUACCGGCACCAUUUUCGGGUUAUAUCUGUCUCAAUAUGGCCGGGAUCAGUUACAAUUUGAUGCCAAGUCGUUCGAGGAUGCUGAGGAGUCGGAGGGGUAUUUCAUAGAGUCUGAACUGAGGAAGUCUUUAGAAUUGAUGGAGGUUGCUCGAGUCGAACCACCAAGACUUGCUUAUCUGAUUUCAGGAACGAAAGGGGAUAGCCAGAGGAUGCUGAGGACGUUGCAGGCCGUGUAUCAUCCCAGGAAUCAGUAUAUUCUUCACAUGGAUCUCGAGGCUCCGCCAAGAGAGAGGUUGAAUUUGACAAUAUCGGUGAAGAAUGACCCGACGUUUAGCGUUGUGGAGAAUGUGCGUGUGAUGGCUCAGUCGAAUUUGGUGACGUACAAAGGUCCUACCAUGAUUGCUUGCACUCUCCAAGCUAUAGCAAUUCUGCUGAAGGAGAGCUUGAAUUGGGAUUGGUUUAUUAAUCUGAGUGCUUCUGAUUAUCCUCUUAUGACUCAAGAUGAUAUGCUUUACGUUUUCUCGAACCUGUCUCGAAACCUCAACUUUAUCGAGCAUACACAGAUCUACGGCUGGAAGCUGAACCAGAGAGCGAAGCCCAUCAUAAUCGAUCCAGGUCUGUAUUUGUCUAAAAAAUCCGAUAUUGCGUGGACUACUCAGCGCCGCUCUCUCCCUACAUCUUUCAAGUUGUUUACCGGGUCGGCUUGGGUGGUUCUAACGCGGUCGUUUGUGGAGUACUGCAUAUGGGGGUGGGACAACCUUCCCCGCACGAUCCUCAUGUACUAUACGAACUUCGUGUCGUCACCGGAAGGCUAUUUCCACACGGUUCUUUGCAACACCGAGGCGUUUCAAGACACGGCCAUAAGCCACGAUCUCCACUACAUUGCUUGGGACACGCCUCCGAAGCAGCAUCCGAGGUCUCUGACGAUCAGGGACUUCAACAAGAUGAUAAACAGCAGCUCGCCUUUCGCCAGAAAGUUCCACAGGGAUGAUCCGGUUCUGGACAAGAUCGACAGGGAGCUGCUCGGUCGGACGAGCCGUUUCGCUCCGGGGGCGUGGUGUGUAGGGAGCUCCGAAGGCGGGGCCGACCCUUGCUCGAUACGAGGCGAUGAUUCUGUCUUCAGACCUGGUCCCGGUGCUCAGAGGCUGCUAGGGCUCAUCAAGACAUUGUUGUCUGAUGAUUUUCGGAGCAACCAGUGUUUCAAGCAGGGAUGAGAGAGAGAGAGAGAGAGAGAGGCAUUGACUGAGAUGAGAAGCUGUUUGCAAUUUUUCUAAGCAAGUAGGUUUCUCUCUAACAAAUGAAAGAUGAAAGAUGUACAUUGAUGUGUUGAUAGAAUCUGUACAAUGUAGAAUUUUGUUUUCCUUUAUUUAAAAAAUGGAUUUUAUGGGCU